UGUGCUCUGGAUUCCCCUGGUCCUGCCACCUCAAAUGACAUCAUGGAGGAAACGUUUGAGAAAGCAAUUCUGGAAUCCAGCAGACUGAACUUUCGGGUGCCUUUCAGAAGGAUACACUCCCUGCCACAAAGCCUCCUGGGAUCCAGCCCUGCUCUGAAGGGAAACCACUCAGAUUCUCUGGACUGUGAUGCUUUCCCCCUGGUGGAACAAGAUGACAACAAGGAGAAUGAAUCAUUUGAAUUUAAGAAACCCACCAAGCCAGCCUCUCGUGGUUCUGUGCACGUCCACUCUCGUGAUGGAAAAGCUGUUCCUGGAGCAAGGCAGAACUCUCCAGCUCAGGCAUUCCCCAGGGGUGAAACACCCACAGGCAAGCUGCAGCAGGCUCCUCUGGCUUCCUCUGAGAGUGAAGAUGAUGAUGGAUUCCUGGAGCUGUUGGAUGACCAAGAUCUGAAGAACAAUGAGGAGAUGCCCCCUGACAUGGCAAGUCUCUGGACUGCUCCACUGGUCAUGAGGAAAGCAGAGAAUCGGGGCAAGAGGUGCCGCUUGUUUGGCUCCUCCUCUGUGUCCAGUGGUGGAGGAAGAACCACCCAGAAAAGGAUGGAGAGAUCCCAGGAAGAGAAUUCUCCAGGGAAAAGCAAGAAGAGGAAAAGCCUCCCUGGAGCAUCUUCUGAGGACUCCACGAGUCUGAAAAUAGUGAAGACACAAUCCUCCACUGCUGAGAUUGAAAGCAUUCUGGACAGUGACCAGAGAGACCUCAUUGGGGACUUCUCAAAGGGUUAUUUAUUCCACACUGUCGAUGGGAAACAUCAGGAUUUAAAAUACAUUGACUCAGAGAUGAUUGUGUCAGUGCUGACUGGGAAGUUUGCCAGCUCCAUCAAGGAGUGUGUGAUAAUUGACUGCAGAUACCCCUAUGAGUAUGAAGGAGGCCACAUCAAGGGUGCUGUAAACCUCCACAUGGAAGAGGAGGUGGAGGAUUACUUGCUGAAGAAGCCAAUCAAGCCCUCAGACAACAAACGAGUGAUCGUCGUGUUCCACUGCGAGUUCUCUUCAGAGAGGGGGCCUCGGAUGUGCCGGUUUGUGAGAGAGAGGGACAGGCUGGGCAAUGAGUACCCCAACCUCCACUACCCAGAGCUCUACGUCCUGAAGGGAGGCUACAGGGACUUCUUCUUGAGAUGCCGUAGCUUCUGUGAGCCCCAGAGCUACCGCCCCAUGCACCACGAGGACUUCAAAGAAGAUUUGAAAAAAUUCCGGACCAAGAGCCGGACCUGGGCUGGAGAGAAGAGCAAGAGGGAGCUCUACAGUCGGCUGAAGAAGCUGUGAGGGCUGCAGUGAAGAAGCAAAGACUCCUCUGUCCUGGGGGAGGGAGAGGUGCCCGUGCCCUGCUCCUGCUCCCCAGCCAUCAGCUCUUUCCUCCUCUUCUCCUGGGAACCCCGUGGGACUUUGGCUGCAGCCCAGGACAUCCCCAGGAUUCUUCUUCACACUCUCAGCUUCUCCUGCUCUGACACCCCCAAACUGCCCAAGAGUCUGCCCAGGGGAGGGGUGGGGAGAGGCAGCUGCCAUCCCGCCAGGGCUCGGCUGGAAUGGUGUAAGCAGCAAGGAUCUUUUAGUUAUCUUUUUUUAUUUUUUUAAUUUUUUUUAUUGCUUUGCUUUAUUUAAAUACAGUCAAAUGAAGCUCACGCUGCUGCAGUUGAAUCAUCUGGAUUGGACCUGAACUUUGUUUGCUCUGCAGGGCAGCGUGGUGCUGGGGCCAGGCUGGGGGGUGGUGGUGGUGAUUAUUUUGCUCAGCUGCAGCUUUGAUCCUGUUUUUUUGGGAGCAUAACGUGGUGGGAGAACUAAAAUGGGAAAUAAUUCAAUCCAGCUCGAGGUUCCCACCUCACUGAACUCCUGUGUUUCACCAGGGGAAGCCUCUGGUACAGAGUCCAAAGGGAAAUCACUUGUAUGUAGAUAUCAUGUUCAACUCCUUUACUUAAUCUAGAUGGCUUUAUUUUGUAGUUGUUUGGAAUUUAGCUGCUGCUUUUAGUUCUAGAGGAGUUGGUGUUGCAAAGGAGGGAGAACUUCUGGGAGGCAGAGGGUGGUUCAGGGGUAGUUUUAUCUCAGGUGGUCCCAGAAGCACCGAGUGGCAAAGCUGUUCCCAGGCUUCUCAACAGCAGCAGUUUUGGUCACUGCUCCCUCUGAGGUUGCAAAACGUGUCCAGAAAAGUCCCUGGCAGGGAGGGAUCCCUGCUGCCACUCCUUGGGGUGCUGGGCUCAGCCUGCCACUGCUGCCCUGGCUCUGACACUGGCCACAGCUCCAGCAGCAGCAGCUCCUCCUGCCAGGAGAGCCAAGAGACAGAAUUAAUUCUGGAAGGAAGAGGAACAUCCUCAACCCAGGGCUGAGCUCUGCAACUUGCCCACCUAACACUGAACAGCUGGGGCUGCAUCCUGAAACUGCUUUGGUGUCAGAUAAGAUCCAGUCCAUGACCCUGCCAGGAGCCCAGGGGUUGCCACAGCAGCAGCAGCAGCAGCUCUGGGGUGUCCUCUGUAGCUCAUCUGCCUCACACACAAACUCCUGGUGCAGGGAGCAGCCUGGGAACAGCCCUGGUCCUGGAAGUUCUGCUCUCACUGGAGCAGGAAUCCACCCUCUGGGCUUUGCCUUGCUCCCUGCCACCCACUCUUGCAUGUCCUUGUACCUGUGUCAAAAAAAUACUGAAAUGGAGGUGCCUUGUGUGGAAUUUUAACUUGAUGGGUUGUUGUUUUUUUUUAACUGUUUCUGAAAAACCUGCUGUUGAGAACUGAAAGGAUGAG